AUUAUUAAAUUUCAGAACACGCCCUUUUGGCAUUUGGCUCCGGCGCAUGUUAGAAUUCCGUGCGCACCUCUCAUGGCUGCAGCAAACCUUACAUCUAACGUUUCCCACCCAAAACCCCAAUCACACGGCUGAGAUGAUCCGCAUUCACCACCACCUUCUCCUUCUGCUCCUCCUAAUUGCCGCCGGAAAUUGCAGAAUUUACAGAUUUGCCGAUGCGUUGCAGCGGAGGGUUCACAUUCCGGACGAAUUAGACGACGUCGUUGACGACGAGGAAGACGAUGAGUGGAGAGAAUGGGGCAAACCGAAGAAGCAACCCGAAUUCGACCCGCCGCCCACGGAUUUUACCAAAUUCAGCCUCGAGGAAAUGCAGGAUGAAAUGAUGAAGCGACAACAGGGACCCGUUUUUGGCUUCGUUAAGCUCCGACCCGGCACUCCCCGCUCUCCGGAGAUAGUAUCAGAAAUUGCAAUGAAAUGGACCAAGGCUGCAAGAACAGGAGCAACCGAGGUCAAGUUCACAGGUGUCGAUGUGAGUACACUCAUGUUCACCGUGCAAAAAGGUCGAGACACAUUAGAGUUGAAAGAAUACUUAUUGAGUCAAUCGGAAGCUUACGAGGUUAAGAUAGGCGAUCAACUAUACAGAAGAGAAGGAGAUCCUUCGUUUGAAGAAGUUUUCGAUAAGCUCCAGUCUGAAAAGAGGAAAGAUUACGAUGGAAACUCUGAAAGGCACCAUGAGCUUUAACUACUACACAUGAAAAUACAAGAAAACAAGAAAACAGCAUUGUUCUUCCGCUGGUGCUAGCACGUUCGAAUUGGAAUACACUUUAUUACAAUUUUCUAUAGACGAUCCAAUACUUUUAUUACACUUACGAAACAAGAAGAAAAAGAAUAGUGGAUGGUUACACUUGUUA